AUGAGAGACGAGGGCCUCUCGAAUUCUGAAGCGGAUUCAGUACCUACACAAUACAACAGUGUGGAGCGUGGUUCUUUACUCCUACUCAAAGAAGGUAAGUCCAUCUCUCUUUCUAGUGGGUCUAAUGUGCUUUCAGAUACCGGAGUUUCGUGGGACGGUGUAGAAGGAAAUAGGAUCCGAAGUUCGACCGGUCCAUUAAUGCCAGGAGACACCACAAUCAGAAAAACGGAGCAAGUGUAACGUUUUUGUCUUUUUUACGCCAUAUUGGUUUAUUACGAGCCUCUGGCUGUUCUGUUAAACGACCUGAGCUCCGGACUUCCUGUUGCUGGAAGUCCAACAUUCAUUGGCACUGAAGCACUUGACGGGAAUCCAUGCUUUCGUAUGUAAGUGCAUUAUGCCACUGUGAGAAGUAGAAUUUCUGCGGGCAAAAUAUGAGCACUUCCGAGGAUGUCAUAAUUAGAGCUUACUGUUGAGAUAGGCUAACGAGACAAAUGCCUACAACUGUCUUCGCCAUAUUUAUGGGCUUUCAAGUUAGGAGCUGAAAAUUUCCUGAAAAUUUGUGACUCCAUAAAAAUUAUAAAAAUGCUAAGUAUGUUACUUCUCUCAGAAACUAAUGCGGGGAUUUCAGGUCCAUUCUUCUAGACAAAAUGUCUCUGGCUUGAUUCGAUUUUCGCGGCUGAUAUUUGAGUAUACCAAAAACACACGCAUAGUUCGUAUGAGCAAAGUCCUCGCAACUGCGUCAUGCAGGGAUCCGAUACUAGCGAGAUCGUGUCUAAACACUCCCCUCUCUUAUGUGCCAUUCGACUAUUCGAGUCUUCUCCUCAGUGCUUUGUCAAGUCGGACACAGUGACGGACGAAUGCAGCCCAUCUAUACGUCUCACACACUGACUAGUAACCACUUAGUGGGCCAGACUAAGAAUCAUACCCACAAAGUGAGACCCAUUUGCUCUGAUAUGCUACCUGUCGCCCACUAUAUCGGGGAUAACAAGAUGUCUUACAUGCUUAAUGCAGGGAGAUACAUGGAGUCUUAAGGCAGUUGGCAUACAUGAGUGUGUUCUGGGACAGGUCCCUAUCUUGUCUAGGCGUUCAUGUGUGUAGGUAGAUGGCGCUUGAUGAUGGGCUUGGUUUUUGAUGUUGUAUUGAGGACUAUCAAACAGUCGGAUCUGACAAAACAGAUUCGUGUAUUUACCGCACACAUCCUAAGGCAAUGUAGACAAGUGAGGCGGGAUUAACAAGUUACUUCGGGUCCAGUGGCACUGGUAAAUCUGUCUCAGGUAAGACGCAUUUGCUGGUGACCGCCCAGAUCGAUGAGCGAUGAGAAAGUGUGACCCCCUGACAAUAGUUUGAAAUCAAAUGUACAUUUUUUGCGACUGGUGCACUGAUGGUGAUGUUUGACAGACUUGACUUUGGCAGACAUCGCUCUUUACCGUGGCACGGGCUGCUCACUUGGCAUCGAAGGUAAUUUCUGUGAUCCUAAUGGCAGUGCGAUUGUUGGUCGACCUACAGUAAAAGUACUUCCAAGUGUCGUGGUUGAGUUUCGGGGGUUUGAGUUAGGUCUCCAAGUUGGCCUUUUAGGCACGAUUUUGUCUGCCUGGAAUGUAGACACAGGUUCCCACGUCGCUGUAGCAAAGCCGGCCCUGCAGGCUCACUCCAUUCACGUUCACGAUAUGACCACUUCAUCGUAGUUGCAUCUACCUCAGUACAACGCGGAAACUAGGGACGCAUUUUAUUUCGAAUGUAAGUGAAUCUAGUAUUCCAUCCUGCCAAUUCACUCUCCACAACUCCUGAAGGCCGAUGACUUAAUUUUGCAGGUUGUCCGCGUGUCCGCGCCAUUUGAGAACAUUGCCAAUAGGACAAAAUAGUCUUUUCUUUGUUUCGUGUUAAUGUGCAUGCCACAGCCUAAACAGCCUGUCUGCAAGGCGUCCCACACAUAACCAUAAGCAUAAAGCCAAUUAUUGCAACUAGUAUGGUCAUAUGUAAUUUAGGUGACACUGUCUGGUAUGUGAAUGACGCUGGUUAAUGCGAAUUUUGACGAGUGGGGAGUUAGAGUAGGAAUGAAUCCUCAUAAAAGGAGAGAACAGAAGCAGCGGACAGGACGCUCCAUCCCACAAACACCCCGGUACUAAAAAUUUGCGUCCAUAAAUCCUGGCUUUCUCCGUGCAUAGUUUGAGGGGUGCCCAUGCAAGGUGGAUGUAUCGGCCUGAGUUGACAAAUCUUUAGGGAUAAGGCAACCAUACAGGUCAUAUGUACUAUUGAAAGGUAUCUCCUCGUGACUUCCUUUAGGAAAGGGGAACGGGGUUAGGGGUCAGCAAAGAACUUCUCACUAAAACACAGUACAUUUUUUUGAGCGUACUUAUACCCCUAUUAUUUUGUUUAUCUCUGUCUCUAUAUGAUAGUUGAAAAAGUAGCAGUACAAUGAAAUACGGCAUUUGACAACAUUGUAAAAUUACAACGGAACCCCGGAACAAAUAAAACUGCCUAGGUUUUAUGGAGGCCAUUCCCACUGGAAAAUGUUUAUUUUGGGGAUUUGCCAACAUUGCAAAACGGUACUAAUAUUGUAGUUACCAAAAAAACAGAUGCAAAAAUUCUCAGGUUAAGUUCUAGAUUUGAUUUGAGUAAUUGCCCAUAACGAAAAUCAAGUCAGGAAACCUGGGACAGACGCCGACGAGCCAGAAACCUCGUUGAUGCUUAAAAAUGGCGGCAGUCUUCGAAGAAGUACGUUUCUGCACCCUCAACUAGCGUGCGUUCUGGAAGCAUGCAACCCCGACGUUAUCAUAAACGAAGUUGGAUCGCUCGACAGGUCACGGGGGUUGCAGCAACUUCCAGGGACGUACUUGGAGACGAAGUGUAAUCGUAAACACCCAUCAUUGGUAAAUUAACCUCCCUAGGCCCGGUAUUGUUAAACUUAUGCAAAGGACGCCAUCCACGUCGUACAAUAAGUUUUCAAAGGUGUACUAGUACUAGGCACCUGAGCGGUAUCUCUUAGAGCCUGUCAGUUGACCCAGGCAAUUAUCAUGCGGACUUCACAGAAAUAAUAUUUGCCGAAGUUUUUUGCGCAAAUUAAAAGCUAAAAUAAAACAGAGAAACACAGGAUAGAUUUCUCUACAACGUGCGGUGAAAUGGAAGUACGCCGAACAAUUUACUGCUUCCGAGUAUGAAUGCAACUGAAUCUGGCAAACCAGGUAGGCAGGGCUCGGAAAAACGGUCCUGCUUGGUCAUUAAAUUAGCACUUUCGUGCUAUUACUGACUUUGGUAGGCGGUCAAAAUUACUCACUCUCCUACUUUUAUUGAUGUCAGCAAGCUUAGUACCACUAACGGAUUCUUUCAGUUUGGGUGGUUGCGGAUGGCUGUGGUUAUGAAUCGCAACUACGUUGGGGUCCGUGUCUUGCGACUCGGAAUACGGCUUGGGUUCUAGGGCUAAGAAUCGGGUUCGAAUUUUGAGUUUAGGGGUAUGGUUAAGAAUGAGGAUUAGGGUUUAGGACUCGGGCUACGGAUUAGGGUUCAAAGUACGGGAGUCUUUUGGCACCAGCAUAUUCGACGUAAUACGUCUGUUUGGUCAUAUUCUUGGGAAGAUCGGUUUCAAUUACCGUGACCGGCCAAUCAUCCUUUCUUUUUGUUAAAUUGCUUUUACCCGUUAUCUGAAGUGGAUUUUUGUAUUGCGCGCGGAUUACGCUGAGAUCUUGGCACCCACUGAAACAUGCUAGCACAUUUGCCUAUAAUACAUGCGUUUUUCUUUUUGCUUUCGCAUAUAUUUUAACCGUUGUCCCAAAGGCCUACGCAUUAAAACCCUUUUUCCAUGAUUUCCGUAUUGCACGCGCCUGGGCCUCCCCUAUUCCCUGCAGGACCGCUUUCCCGAACCUCCUCUUGAUAUUUGUUUUGUCACGAAUGUGAUUGCCGUCUUUUAUCUCUGGCACUACUUCCGUGUAGGGAAAAUGAGGAAUUGCGAUCGCUGUCGUGGAGGGCACAGGAUACUGCUAGCGCCAUCGCGGAAGAAGCGAGAAGUCGCAGCCGACGAGCAGUCACGUCAUCUAAAGAACACAUCUGGCCGUCUGGAAUUAUUCCUUAUGUAAUAGGACCGCAGUUUUCUAGUAAGCAUGACCAUUGUUUGUGAUUUUUUUGUCCCAAAACAGGCUAAUUAUUUUUUUGUGUUCGUUCAUGUGGAUGUGUCGUCUAUAACUGAGCGCUUUUCCUCUCCGGAGCGAUAUAUGCUUGUUAACCAGCCGCUAGGUUUUACAACUCCCUUGUCUUUCCUUCGAUCUUAAGGACAGCGUCACACAUUUGAACACCUAUUAGCGACGUGACGUAUGAAUUUCUGGCGACAGCAUGAUUGUCAGAAAUUAGAGUUUACAUAUAGACCACGAAUGGCAGUAUGGGCAAUUUCCACGCAUAUAGACUGCUCUAAUUCUCCCCAGAAAUAUUAUGGUCGAUUCAGCCAUGUUAAAUUAAUCUAGAAUUUUUGUAUAAGGACGGAAUGUGGGAAACCUUAAUGCAAAAGCCGAACCGUUCGCAAAGCCUUCAGUCAACUAACGAGGCAAACAAAAGGCACAGGUCAUUACAUGUUUAUCAGACGCUGUCCCACGCACACCACCUAACUGGAACAGUGAGACAAGUCAUGCCGAUAGUCUAAAUCAGCGCCCAUUAACGUGAACCGAGGGUUAUGGGGAAGAGUACAAGCACAGCACUUUCGACAGUAAAACCUCAAUUCGUAUGUACAUUUUCAUGUGACUAACACUGUUGAAAGCAGUAUAUACUGAAGGUCGUAAAUGCGUUAAGCAAAAUGAGUGCUUUGUGUAUAAUUUUUGGAAUGCGAAGGCCAGUGACAUUUUCCUGGCAGUUAGUUUACAUCGUAAACUCGGAAGUGUGUUACUGUACUAUCUUUAGAGCUUAAGUGCUGAAAACAGUUCUUAAUAAGCAUUUCUGUGUUACACACUUUUUGAAUUUGACUAAGGCUACGCAAGAACGAUCAUUAUGAAUGCGAUGCGAAUGUGGGAAAACGUCACUUGCCUCAGUUUUGUCGAGCGGGAGCCCCACCACCAGUCCUAUAUUAUCUUCACCGUUGAGUCCUGUGGGUGAGUGCUUUUUACAAUGUGUAUAUCAAGUGUAUUAGCAGUAGGAGUGAGUUCUUGCCUGUGUGACGCCAAAUAUGAGGUCAGAUGCAACCUGACCAUUUAAAAAAAAAUCGUUCAAUAUCACUAUCAAUUUAUCCGUAUCAGUGCAUUUCAGGGAAAGUAGGUUUGCACCUUUGAAAUCCCUAUUGGUUACAUGCAGAGGAAGUAUGUGGAGAAAUUGAAAAGGAAGUAACAUGAAAGAAAUGCAAGGCGAAUAACAAAAACUUAACAGAUGAGCACAAAAUUUCAUGCGUUUACAGAAUUUAGAGGCACGUGAACUCGGUUUGUAAAUUAAAUACCGCAGACAGUUGAAGCACACUUAAAAUCCAGUGAAAGAAGUAAACGUUUUUAGUCUACAGGCAUCGUGGUGAAUGCGAGCAGCGGUGGGCGACAUGGUCCAGACGUAAUAAAUUACAUAAACGCAUAUUACUUAAUUGUUGGUAGUAGAAUCGUCAUAACACUUAAUUGUCAGCGAUGGCCAUCAAGGUGGCCGUAGUCCAGCGUUAUUGAGUGCGCGCUCCAACGUUGAUCUAGCCUCCGUCUAAAAGUAUCUACGGAUCCCGACAUGACAACAUCCUCAGGCUAGGCAUUCCAAGCUGCAACCACUCUGUUGGAGAGGAAGAACUUUCGCGUGUCUAGCCGGGCACCAGUCACACGCAGUUUGAGUGGAUGGCCCCCCAAGUUAGUCGUAGCCGUCAACUCGAAAAAGUCACCAGAUGCGAGGCAUCAGCUCUAAUUGCGCACGAUGCGGAAAGCUUGUAUCAGGUCCCCACGUAGCUGUCUGUAACUCAAAGGAAAGACGUGAAGAUUAGCUAAUCGUUUUUCGUAGGGUAUUGCUCGCUGCCCAGAUGCACGUUUCUUUGCUCGCCGUUGAACGUUUUCGAGUAUUCCGAAGUGAUUAGCGGCCCAGGGUCUCCAUGCUUGGAUAGCGAACUCCAGAUGCGGUCGCACGAAAUCUUGAAAGACCUUGGCGAAGAAGUCCUCAUCAAAGGAGGAGAACCCCCGUUUGACGAGGUAUAGAAUGGACAUCGACGACUUGGCCACCUUUGAACAUUGCAGAGGAGGGUUAAGCGAGUUUGUGUCCAUGUAUUUUGAAGAAUUUACCGUGAUUUGACAUUGAAACUAAAUAAUACUGCCUAGGUUACUUAACUCUGCCGCCUUAUUUUCCCGUAAGAAAUUAACAUAGUAUGCUGGAUGUUUGAAUAGGCUGGUGAGCAAUAUUUAUGGGAGUGGAGGCAUUUAGGUAUGUGAACCUGUCGAAGUACGAUAGUCGACAUCUCAACGGUCAAAAGUCAGAGAAGGAGGUUAAAUGAACAAGCUCUAUCGUGGCAAGAGAGUGUGCAGGUAGGCCAGCUAGUAAUUGAAGUCUACGUUCUCACCAAACAACUGUUUGAUGCUGCGGUUUCUGAGCGCGUAUAUUUAUGUCUUGUCUCUACUACCCUACGCCACCCAUCAAAGGACGUAGUGCUGAUUGGCCUUAAGCUUUCGUCAGGCUAGUGAAAAUCAUAGGCGACCCUAACAGCGAUUUGACUGGAAGCGCGAGGCGGACAGAAGUUGGCAUGAGCAAUCAACCGCUCCGAGGAUCAGGGGCGCAAACUCUCACAAACCCGAUAAGUAGAAGCAAUCGCUAGAGCAAGAGCUGUUUUGCCUGACGUUUCGGAUUCUUGCUCGAAACCAUCUUCAGAGACUGUUACAAAAAUGGGCGAUUCGUGCACAGGAAGUUGCAGUAUUUAUAGAAUGCAGUCGCCAUGCUAUUGUAUACCUAGGACAAUUAAACGCGCUCCCCUUCAUCGUCCAUCGCUGCCCGCUGGUGCGUUAAUUGCCUAAUGGCCAGCAGGCCAGGUUUCAAUUGCUGAAAUCUCUUCACACAUGUUGGACACUGGCAAGGGCGCGAAUAGCCGAACACGCGGCAUCGGUGUGGAGCGACGACGCCAACUCCCAGGUCGCGGACCAGUAAACGAGACCCGGCCACAAAUAUAAGUUCGAUUAGGUCGAAACUCUGGCGAGAGGUUAUAAUCACGUGAGCCGCGAGAUGCUAGAGUCAUGUUUCACGGGACGCCAGUCCAUCAACAACUGCAACGACACCCCCACUCCAUAUUCGGUGCUGAGGCAUAGUCUGGCCAAAGUAAUUAACCACUCGGGGAGUGCGCAGGUCGGUGAGCCAGAUGGUCGAGCAGUCAUCACGCCAGCAUCAAGCACAGGGAGGACGGUUAAUUAUCAUAGGUAUGCAGUAGCCUAGCGAUUGAAUCCUAUAAAUACUGCGAAUUCAUGUGUACGAAUACCUCGUUUCUGUCACUGUCUUUGGUGCUGGGUUCGAGCAAGAAUCCGAAACGCCAGUCGAAGAAAUCCUUUGUUCCAGCAAUCACUUCCACUUCUUAUCAACUGGUUCCUGGAACUCGCGUCUUCGCUUAUGUUAAGAAUCUCUUAGACAUCGUGUUUAUCCUACCGACAGCCAUGAAAAACACGUCGGUUCCGAAAAUAAAUGUCUUCAAACUGCGAUAAAGAAAACUAAUGCCUGAAAAAUAUCAUGCUUUAGGAUAUAACAGAAAAGGACAAGGGAGAAUCAGGUGUGCAUUUGUGGCUUUUUGCCGCUUUCAGUCAACAUUGCCCAACUCCAGGUUUAACUGUGACUGAGGCUCAAACCCAUGCUACUUUGGUUAUUAGUUCAACAGUUUAGCCAAUGAGCGACGGGUUCUUGCAAUCUCGGUUGCGAUCUGGAAUACUGUUUAUGUUGUAAAUGCGUUUCCCGUGCGGGUCACGGAUGCGCGUGUCCCGUCGUGCUUUGGAGUCCGAUUUAGAGUCCCACAGGCCGCGCGCAAUGGCUAGGAGAAUAGGCCAACAAGGAUGACUGAGGUGGACACUCUUGGUUUCACGGUCGUUGUCUGACAGACUUACCUAAACCCAGGUUUGAUUGCACCUGAAGGUUUGGAUGGGCAUAUCCCGUUGUCCGACAACACAAAUGUGCUUUGGCUAACCGCAGCAUAAACAGUGCCAGGAUGCAUGCUGGGCCGUUUUUGCAUUCAUCAAGGAUCUGUGGAGAUCCAGUCUCACGUUCGUUAUUUGAACGUGUAAGGUAAAACUCUAUAGUGUUCUUGAAAUUGGGAUUUUCACGUCUGACGUAGAAUUGCCUUCAGCAAGGAGAGGCGAAUACGAUUUUCCUAAUGUACAUUUCAAAGUAGUGGUGGUUAAUUCGUCUCAAAAAAACAUUGUCUACCACUGAUCCAUGAUGUGGGCGCGGCCACGACUUGCACAUACACUCAUUAACAAUGAAGCAUACUCUCGCUGCAUCAGUCACAGACCUUUUUCCUUCACCAGUCAAGAUGACCGCCAGUAAACGCUGGUACAUAAGAAAGCUAGACAGCACGUCAGAACCUCCCACUCAGGGCUUUACCAAGUUUGCCUACCAACGGAAACGACUACAGUGAGUGAACGAUCCCAUGGGAUGUUGGCUGAAAUUCCCAAAUGCGUUUUUGAUUAGAAAGGCAUGAUUAGGCGCGGUUGUAAUACUGAUCAUCUUGCUGCAUAAUCCUAUAGUAUUUCGGACUCAGCAGGAUGUCAGUUUUAAAAUAAACUACUUUUCAAACUCCUAUAGGAACCAUUCUCGGCAAAAAUGACUGCUUAAGUAGCAUACAUUUUUCUCAUUGAUCUUCGAUGGUCUAGCAAAUGCUUUCACCCCUUGCUGCAGUUCACUGCAGAAGCCGAGGCACAUAAAGACAUUGUCUUUCUCGAUGUCCUUCUGCACAGGCACGAGGAUGGGUCUAUCCAGCGCGGGGUGUACCGAAAGAAAACCUGGACGGAACAUUGCGUUAAUUUCCACAGGUUUGUUCCCCUAAACAUCAAACGGAAUUUAGUCCAAAGAUUGGCAGCUAGAGUGAAACGAAUCUGCUCACCCGAAGCUAUUGAAGAAGAAAUCAAACAGCUGCGGAUCACUCUUCGGGAGAACGGAUACCCAAAUAGAUUUAUCCUCCGACAUCUUGGGAACGCGUCGCAAAGCCCACCGUUCCGACUGCGGAAAAGGAAGAGGUAUUCAUAAAAUUGCCUUUCACAGGAAAUGCAAAGGGCGAGUUAGUCAGACGGCACUUAACUACAGCUAUCACGAGGGCAUUUUCCGCUGCGAAUUUACGCAUAUGCCUCACGAAGUUGCCCCUCUUAUGUCUGGCGGGGGGGGGGGGUAAAGACAGACUACCGUUGGAGGUCACAUCAAUGUGCAUUUAUUCAUUCAAUUGCUCCUGUGUAGCAAGAUUGAUCGGCCGCACUAAGAGACGUCUGGUUAAGAGGGUGCGGGAACACAUGCCCGCCUGGCUAGACAGAGGUAAGAUCCGGUCGAUUUGGACUUCUAUUUUCGCACAGUUAAUCAAUACGAAUCACCCAGUCGAUGCCAAGAAGGCAUUUCAGGUUGUCUACUGGACGCCAACAUGCUUCUCUAGAGGCCUACGCCAACGGAUACUGGCAACGGCUGAGACAGUGGCUAUAGGGCUAGCGAAUGCGGUGCUAUGCUGUCAGAAAACCCUGACACAAACGCUCUUCCUGCCAUAGUCAACGCCAACCCGAAGUGAUGACGACACGCCGCCUCAAAUCAUUAAUUACAGUGAUAGCUACUCCGUGUACUCAAUCCAAGAGCAUCACUCAAAGACUCUCUUACCCACCUCCCCAAGCUCUGAGGACCAACACCCGCCGACCUUGACAUGCGAGCGGCGUGGGGAUGAUGAGUGUUAAUGACUAAAUAGCCUUUGAGACACCUAUAAGCACUGUCGAUUUUGUACAUUUUCAUCCCUUCAUGUAAUUGUAUUGGCCUGAGGAAGAAUAACCGAAACACAUGUUUGCCAACUUAACUUCUCAAACAAUUUUUGAAAGGAACCCUGGAAAAAAAUAUGCUCUCUUUUAGCCGUUUGGCAGAGAAUCAAUUCAGCGUUAUAUUUUAUGCUUGAAGAAUGAAUAUAAUUAGGUUUUAAAAUGCUUAAUUAUGAAUUUUUUUAAGACGGAGUAAUAUCCAUUCAUAGAGCAUCGUAGCUGUCCGUUUACCACAUGUCCUCGUGAAGUGUACGACAUAGUACGCAUCCAUUGUAAAAUUUAUAGACUCUUUAUGAUGCUUUUUUAAAGGCAUCGAAGAAUGUGGUUUUCUUUAUGCAGAAGGCGUGCACCUUGCAGACUGAAAUCACUAAGCCCGAAUGCAACGACUGAUCAGGCUCCAAAUUAUUCGGUAAUUAAAAACCUUUUCUAAAAGCUAAUUAUAAUCCUUCAUUUAGCAUAAAAUAAAACGAUGACUUGUUUCUCUGUCAAACGGCUGAAAGAAAGCAUAUUUUUAUUCAUGUUUUCUAUGAAAUAUAUUUUAACUUGCAAGACCAUCAAAAAUCAUUGCGAAAAAUGUAUGCUAAUUAUGUAGUGAUAUUUUCCCGAGUACGCUUUCUAAGGCAGUUAGAAAAGCAGUGUGUUUAAAGGCCGAAAUCCUGCCGAGUCGGAAACACUAUAGGAUUAUGCCGCAAGGUGAUCAGUAUUAAAAGCGCGCCUAAUCAAUCCUUCCUAAUCGAAAACGCUUUUCAGAAUUUCAGCUAAUACUUCAUGAGAUCGCUCACUCACUGUAGUCGUUUCCAUUGGUAGGCAAACUUGGUAAAGCCCUGAGUGGGAGGUUCUGACGUGCUGUCUAGCUUUCUUAUGUACCAGCGUAAAGUACCAGUAAAGUAAAGGGCUAAACAAGCCCACUCCGCAGGUCACACGCCGCUGCUCCAUACAAGUGGCUGGGGCGGCAGGGGCCUGCGUCUUGGCGCGCUUCCAUCCCCCACAUCUGUGGCAAUCGGUCUAGGUGCGCAGCUUACAAUAAUGCGUUGCGUAACAUUAGCUGAGUUGUGUGUCCUUGAAACUGAGCUCCUGCAUGACCCGUCAUAGAGGGCACGGUCUCCACCUGGCACAUAAAAGACAUGGACUCUGACGUCAGCGUGGCGAACGGUGCUAAAAAGCCCGCUUUAAGAAAGAGCCAUUGAGAAUUGGCUGUUGCCCGACGAGAUGGUAGACGUUAAUAAUUCUGUCUAUAACUAGAGACACACAAGGAUGGAUUUCACAAUAACGGCCACAAUCCUGAGCUGAAUGUCCUAAUUUGUCACUUGACAGAUGGCGAGACAAAGCAUAGUGGUUAGCGUGUCGGAGCACUUUUGACUAUUGAAUGUCACAUUAGCCCACAUAUACUAUUUUAGCAGAUUUUUGGUCCACAUACUGGCGUAGGUAAAAACAGGUUUGGGUCUGAUAUCUGGGAAAAGGGUGGAAAUAGUCAGUGCGUAUAUGACUAAGAUUUAGGCGAAAUGACAAUUAAAUUGUUAUGCCAACAUCAUAAAGGUCACUAGUGAGUUUUAUUUGUCAUAUUUCACAGGGCUCAAAUAUAUGCACCUAAAACGUUCCGGCUGGUAUAAUAUCUCAACAGGGACUCAGCAGAAGGUGUAAGUUCUCGUGGAAAUCAUGUGAGGAAAUUAUGAUCAAUUAUUAAACAAUGAACUGAGUUGCGGAAGACAAUUCACCUUCAGACUUUGAUGUGAGGACGCUGUCUAGUUGAACAGAAGAUUUCGAAGGGCAAAACAUUAGCCACAAGUGGUUUACUGAUGAGUUAUCACUCUUGAAAUCAGAUCUGUGAGAACCGAUAACAUGCUGUCACUCAUUGUAAAAACUACCUAAUUGACUUCCCUUAUCUAUUUUCAUUAAAACGUAGGUGCUGCUCCAGUGUUGGCCGUCAAAGCGCAAGCCAACCACAAACGGUUUCGAUCGCUCCGCACUGUGAGGGUGAGACACUCGUCAUGCACGAACUCGGACAUGUCAUGGGGUUUUGGCACGAGCAGAGCCGACCCGAUCGCGAUGGUGAGUUUCUGAACGAUGUUUCCAAUAAAUCGUCAAUGUUAACAGCUGAUCGGCGGCCGUUAGCUGGCUGCACGGGCACAUCUGUCCAAUACUGCCUUAAAUUGUCAUAGCAAUUACCUCUUUCCUUUUUGCAGCAUGAUACAUGUAUGGCCAACUUUUCACAGAGCGUUAUUAACAAACACAGAUGGAUAUUGGUGAAUUUCGUUUUUCAGUCUACAGUAUGACUGGCUGGGAUGUCAAUUCAGGUUUACGAGAAGUAUUUGGCAGGGCUGCUUUACACAGUCACCCAAACAGGACAUGGCAAUAGGAACGGUGGGCCCAAGUAAUAAAGGCGGAACUGCACAUAAUUCCUGAAGGGGUAUAACUUCCCCCUGUACUAAUCCCAACAAGGCCUGUAAUGUAUAACUUUACCGUUUUUCUAAUCUUGACAUUAUCGCUAACCUAGAACUUGACACUGUAGCUAACAUUAACCCCAACGUUAACCCUAAACUCGGUCCCGACUUAUCUUAAUGUAAACUUUGAAUUUACCCUUUUACCUAAUCCUUAGGCUGAUCUAACCCUAGCCUUGGAACUAACCCUGUUUCGGUUGGUAUUUAACGCAAAGGAACCCGUUUUACAAGUGGUUACUGUUUGCAUAUGCAAUUUGGGGGCUACAUAAGUCAGUGCCGCCAAAUAAUCUUUUAGGUGUUUGUUUUGUGGUGGAAUUACGUCCACUGGCAGUUUGUAAGAGCAAUUUUGCGGUAUCCACUUUUAUUUGUAUCAGAAAUUUGGGCAGCAUAAAAUGCUUGUUUGCAUCCUUUUCCAUAUUAGAUUAUGUGGAAGUAUUUGAGGAGAACAUUGAAGACACAAAAUUGUUUAAUUAUGAUAAGAAGGGUACUGAUGUCAUUGAUUCACUUGGCGAACCCUAUGACUACUACUCUAUUAUGCACUACCACGAUGCUGCCUUUAUCAAAUCUGACAAGAAUCAAACAAUGAGGCCUACCAAAUGCUGUCCAACUCCAAAAAUUGGCCAUGCAAUUACGCCCAGCGUCGGUGACAUUAGACAGGCGAAUAAGCUCUACAACUGCCCCUGUAAGUUGAGUUGUGCUUGUCACAUUUAUCCGGAUGUCCCCGCAUUUCAGUGACUUUAAAGUUCCUUUGUGUAUUGUGACAAUUUAUGCCCCCAUGUACAUGGCUAAAGAGUGCCAUUCACUUAUUAGCGUUUAUGUCCUUGACUCGAUGGCUUCUGUUGGUCAUUAGGACCAUUUUAGCCCAUGGCGCGUGACCAUAGGUGAUGCGGGACGUUCAAAAACGAGGUACAGUUAAGAGACAUUUAGCAAAAUCUGAGCAUCAGGAUGGUUAUCUCAGUAAAGUUCAUGCCCACAUGGUGUUAAAAUAUUACUAAUGUAUGAUGCAUAUAUAUGUAUAUACGCAUGUUAUGCAUGCAUAUGAUAAAGGGUGCUCGCCGAUGGUGUCACGUGACAAACUCGUUUAAUUGCCCUUUGGAUUUACUCUAAAGCCCCAUCAUCAGGCACUCUAUGGAAACUGCAAUGGUCAUUUCCGGUUUAUUAGCCUUCAUAUUCAGCCUCGCAAACCGCAAGGAACAUAACCUAUGAGGUCUGUUAUGCGAUUGGUAACCCACCCCUAAUAUAGUAAGUUUGCUUGAUCGGAAAAGACAGGACAAUCCUGUGGCACUAAUCGAUUUAGAUGUCGUGUACAAAUUCUCCAAAAUCUAGUGGACACAAACGGAACCGUUGCCGAUAGGCUGGCGGGGUACAAUUAACGCGUAUUGGCGGAGUGUGCGGUCAGUCGCGGAUUCAUCUAUUAGACACGGUUAAAUAGUUAACUGUUUCCGCAGAUGACCUAUGAGUCUGAUGGCGACCUGUGAAUUUCUAUCCAGACUUUGUGCAGUAAAAUUUGUUUCUUUAUCAGAGAAUUGAUCUAUUUCUAGUUUAAUAUUCUGGAAUGCCUAUUGUUAAUUACGAAUAAUUGCUAUUUUUGGUAAUCCCUUGGGGCGGGGAACAAGGUCUUAGGUAAAAUACGACUAGAAACAAAUUUUGAGACUUGCCGCCACACUCUAGUUUCUCGUCCCACAUACAAAUGCAGGAUGGCUAUUAUCAAUUGGUUAUGGUUGGAUUAAGCAUGUGAUUUGUCCCGAAGCAAUAAAAACAGUUUAUUUUCUAAAUUGGACAUUAGACCUCACGUUUCCAAAUGGACAUUGCGCCUCUUUCUGCAACAUACAAGUGCCAAAAGGUUUCACUAGCAUGACCUACGAUUCUAAUCGGGCAAGUUGCGUUCUGAAACAGGGCUAAUAACGUACACUGACAGUAACAAAUUUAUUGGUUCAGUAUAACAAAUAGUUUGUCCUUUUUCUCAGCAACAUUUGCUAUCAGAUCAUUUAAUCAACCGUGUAAUUACGAUUGACGUACUUAUUUCCCCAGCCUGUGGACGGACGCUUAUAGAAAACUCCGGCACGUUUGCUGCUCCACUGGCCGAUUCACUCCGUCGGACAGCUGAAACAAACGACCAGCAGCAUGAACUGAAUUUACCCGCAAAGGGAGUUAACAAAAGUCAGUUUUACAAAGAGGCCCCCUUGGAGGCUGCUAUAACAAAUCAAGUAAGGUCGUCCAUAGAUGCACUUCCCUCCCAGAGCAAGACGCAUAUGUCCAAUCUCAAUUAUACCACUCAGAAUUCCAUUUUCUGUCAGUGGAGAAUUGUAGCGGCCAAUCAUGAGUACAUCCGCCUAACGUUCACGCAUAUGGACAUGCUUUCUCCUUCACAGCAGUCGCCAAGUAGAAAACACAGUCAAACCAUUUCUACAAAGGAUUCCCGUCGAUGCACCAAGGAGUUUGUUGAGGUCAAGGACGGGUAUUAUUCUGGCUCUCCUCUGAUUGGUAUGCUGAAGUUACUUAUUAUAUCCAUUAAUUUUAACGGUGAGUUUAAACGUUCAAGCAUGAGAUCAAGUGUUUAACACUCUAUACUGACCACAUUCUAGAAUAUACAUAAUUCAGUCUAGGAAUCGAAAUGCAGCUGGGGAUCUACGAAAGCAAACACAAAAAUAAAUUAUCAAUACCAGAGACGUCCCAUAGAGAAACGGGAGUUUUAUUAACCUAUCCCGUUAUUUGUCGGUCAUGCUAACACAUUUGGUUUUCGCUUACGUAUGCGAUGCGGAAAACGUCACUUUGUUACCAACCUUUCAGUCCCUUGUUGCUACCAAAUUCUUUGAAUCGAACGUACGUCUCAAAUCUCGCACGUAUUCUUCAUUUCACCCGAUACAUCAUCAGGGAAGACGCGAUAAAGGUACCAGUCUAUUUUGGGGUCUUUUGCUAAGGUCUAGCGAAAUUAGGGCCACCGUUAAGGCUGGGUUCGGCGUUAAGGUGAGCCUUAGUGUUGAGGUUAGGGUGAAGGUUAAGGUAGGGUAGGCCAAGAUUAAUGUUAGGUUUAAGGUAAGACCUAAGAUUAGUGGCAGAGUUUAGUUUAGGGUCACUGUUAGUGUUUAAGCCGGUCUGAUGAUAAGCGUUACGCCAAGGGAAUAUUUAUAUUUCUUUGAAUUUUGUGUCAUACGACCUUAUUACUGAGCUUCUUAUUUUCGUAACUUAUCCGUUAUCAAGGCGCAGGAAAUGAAUAAGCAAUCUGGUAAUAUUCAGGACAAAUGGUAAAAUCUUAUUGUUUUUUGGACACAAUUUAAACAAUGAAAUGCGUUGUUCGAUUAUUGAUAUGGAAGAUUGUGUUGUACCCGUUUGUUUAAAUAGGAGAGGAUCUUAAUUUCCAAAGUCAUAAACUUGUGAUAUUCAACGUGACAAUAACUCCCUGUACUUUCGUUUGGCAUACUGCCCCAUUUUCCAUUCAUAGGUAGGUACUGCGGAAAAAAAAUCCCACGAACGCUGGUUUCUUCAAGCUCCAGAAUGUUGAUUGAAUACAGACGGCCUGCGGGUCAAUCAGGUACUGGAUUUAUUGCCCAAUACAAAGGUAAGCAUGCACUAAAAAUAUAAAUUUAAGAUGAAGUGGGGGAUUUGACUCUUGCUUGUAGUACAUGAUAUAUGUGUUUAAAAACGGCAUAAGCACUUUAAUGUUUACUUGCGAAAGAGCAGUGUACUGUUGGCAGCCGAAAUCACGGCUCGAAAUGCCAGAGGAAUCAUUUGCGGUGAACAAUCCUUCCUUAGACGAUGCAAAGUUGUAGACAACAUCGUCAAUUACCUCCCUCCUAUACAAAUAUGCCCGAAAGCCGAUGAAGGGAUGGCCACGGCAAACGCAAAAUGGGGGCUAGAAUUCCUAAAAUACCUGUUACACUGCCACUUACACACAUAACGAACUUAUGCGCCAAAUCAUCACUGAUCCUAUAUGUCAAGCCCCAGGAAAAACAAUGAGCGGUCCAGUAAUAGUUUAUUGUCAACUCACUAAACCGCCAAUUCCCUCAACUAUCCUAAUACUUGCCGACCUCUACUGUGACGUUGAAAUCAACAGUUGGUCCAUACACCUUCGUGUCUGUAGCGAUAUGGCGGUUCGAAGAGAUGCACCCUACUUGUGUAACUUAUGAAGAUCGAAAAUUCGAGUCACUGCUCUUCUGUGGACUCUCAGUAUAUGUCAUUCUCUUAGGGGUAUUUCAUCUGAGUCCUUCAAUGCGAAUAACGUCCUAUUACAACCGCACGUCAGAGUUUUUCGGGGUUUGUUUCCGAUUCGGCAAAGACACUUAACCAAGCUGUAAGCAUUGGCGUUCAUUGAUAGUCCACUCUUGCCUUGUUUAAUUCCCGAGGAAAUUAAGGCGCGAACUUGCCAUAAAUCUUUCGAAACGGGCCUUUUCAGCCACGCUCCAAAUGUACGGUAAAUCACUGCACAGUUCGAUAGUCCACUCUCUUAGCUGCAACGGUAGAACCUUCUCCAUCCGCAGCCAGAGCACUGAUGUGUUUAUCGGCCUAGAGUCCCCUUUAUGGACUGCGUUGGACUAUAGGACGGAAUUUGUGCGGCAUUAAAACGAUAUUACGUUGAGUGUGAUUACUCAUCUAACCUAUCGUUUUGAUAUGACGGAGGACAGGCUACACUGUUGCAGCAAUUUUGGUAGGUUUCAUAUCAGAUGUGUUGUAAUUGGCUCAAUGCCAACAACCCUUACGUAGUCCUUAUUUAGUUCCUUUGUGAAUAGACUGUUUACCAGUUUUUGUUCCCUAAAACGGACAGUGCGCAAGUUGCGCUGGAUUAACACGGGGCCAAAACAGGGUCCGCGACACGUUAUUGGACCUCGCACCUAUAACGAAUGUAAUUCACUGAGUGUGGUUGGACGCUACGGUGCAGGUCUACGCCUGCAGAUAUCGCCUGCGGUCCUUUUGAUUCUCUCUUGACACCGGGCCACAGAAGGCGAGGAAGGAAUGAGUGUGGUAGAUGCAGUACGUGCCUACUCUUCCAUUUACCUGAUCCAUACACAGGCCACGGCCCCUGCCAACAACCUACUGUGGGGCUCACGGUGGGCACCGUCGGCAACAACGGUCGUACUGACGGUCGUUCGAUAACGUUCGACCAGCUCAAUAAAAAUACCUGUUCUCUGAUUGUGAUUCAGCCCGUCUUAUGUCCUAUGGCUCUAUCGUUCACCGUCGAGCAGUUGUGUCCGGGUGCGGCGGGGUAGACUGCCACCAAUGUUAGUUUAUUUUUUAUUCAUGCCUACACGAGAUUGCUCGUACACGAGUUCAAUUUAAGAAGGAACGGUGACUUUUCCCUAAAGCGUUUACUCUCCCCAGACAUAGCACCGGUUCGUUUUCGAUCACAGUCAGAUGACCCGAUUUCGCGUAUCGAUGCGGGUCACUUGAUAGACUUCCACAUUAACAAGCAUAUGUGGCUUUCUGUACUUCAUCAUGUGGUACGCAAAAAAUCAAUGGAAAUCUCAGAAACACUCCUGUGAGGAGUAAAUUGAGCAUACAGUGAGUUGCGCAUUUGAUUUUUAUCUCCUAGAUAGACAUGCAAGAUACCGUAAAAUCGGAUAAACAAACAGUAUGAAUACUUUGGAAGUGUGUUCACCGAUCGGAUUACUGGAGAGUCUUGCACUGCGCAUUGGCAUCUAUAUAGAGCUCCGCAGGGUGCCGCAGAGAGGCUGAUAGUCUAUGCGGUAGCCUCGCUCUGCUUAUACUGCGAGCCGCAAUGCGACUGUCUGCGGUGUUCUAGAGGGAUUCUUGAUGCACAGCAGCAAAAACGUCUCCUGGAACACGAUCAGUGAAUUCACAUGCAACCUAAUCCACAUUCCUGAUAAAAGGCGACAUGAAAAUGUCAUCGUGGCUCAUUGAUUGGCCUGCAGACUUAUCAGAACGUUAUAACAAGCAACAUGCUAGUUCGACCCACAAGUAUUUCCAAGCUUCAGUUUGGACAAGACCGCCUUAUAAGAGAAAGAGAGGGAGAGAGCUGGAAAUUGUCAUCCGGGUUCCGGUCAUCUUUGCCGGUAAUGCCAUUCUGUGUAUAUUUAUAUAGGUUACUUGUUUAUGAGCCCUCUGAGAAACGAAUGACUUUCUGCGAAUUUCCGAUAACAGUUUCAGAGCUCGUCAUCGGACAUAUAAGCAAUGAUUACAAUGGUGACAUUAAAAAAACUGCAUAAAAACUCGAUGCUUGUUUCGGCGACUGUCUGUGAUGUCUCCAUAUUGAAUCCCAUAGAGGUACAUAACACGCAUAUCCCCUAACGUGCUGGAUAUCUGCCUUUCCCACGAAAAUAUAUACAUGCAUAUUGCCAUGUUAGUGUUGUUUACGGAUAAGAUUACGGGAUAUUCAGUUCGUGACGAAAUUUAUUAUCGAUCUGGUGACUUAUCUAUCAAUCGAAAAGAAAAUAAUAAGGGUUUAGAAUGACCGACCGACAAAAACAGUAGUCAACAGCCACCUUUGCGAUGUCAGACAGCGUUUUUAAUGCUCCGGUGCGUUAAGAUCAUUCGCCCUGCCUAUAAGCUGUUCCAGGUGCACUGGCCUUACUACAGUUUGGCCGACUGCAGCCAUAUUCUCCCCACGCCGCCCUUGAACACACUAAGCAGCAUAGGUAUUAGGGUAACGGGACAGACAGCCCUUAAACACAAGCCAUUUGAAACUGAUUCCAAAAAGAAAUAAAGCAGUCAACACUGGUUCCGAACUCUCUCAGACACGAUUUGCUGCCGUUAGAACAUCCACCGGCAUUGCUAAUGGUCACUGUCAACCAAUAUAUCAAACCAUGGUUCUCUGCAAAAUAAGAUAAUUUCAUUAGGCGUUUUCUGGCAUUAACUGCUGAUUAGGGAUAGACAAAAGACAAAAUUAACUAUGACGGCCGUCUCCGGCUUCUAAGCCAGCGUUCAGUUGUACCAAUUUCUGCAAGAUCGUUGCCUUUAUAGUUUUGAAAAUUCCUAUUGAAGAAUCCAAAAGACGAUUUGGCAGGUAUACGUUUGCAUCCGAUAGAUUCUCUUUAGGCCGGUGCAUUUAUAUUGCUGUUGAAACGACUGAUUAAAAAGUAUGUGUAAGUUUGUAGAUAAUUAUGCCGAAGCUGGGGUCUGGGGAGAAGGAGAGUGAAACCAAAAUUGCAGUCAACGUCAGGGGGAUGGUGGACACCAGGAAAGGUAGUUAUAUUCGGGUGCUUAGCAUAGUGGCUUUGACCCAUGGUAACCGUGGGGCCUGCAAGAAGUUCUCCUGCGCGCAUGGAACUACUUUGUAUAGCCCGAUCGCAGCCGCCCAAGUAAUUUUGAUAGCCUCACGGAACCUUGUAAAUCACUCAGAAGGCCUGUCUGACAUCUACACCGUGAUCUCUGUCAAAGAUUACGCGAGGAUAGAGCUGCCAACGCUCUUUAUUUGAAUCCUUCCUUAGCAUGUUGGGAGGUGUUUUCUUAUUCUGUUUAACAAACACCAGCUCGUGUUAGCAAUAUGUUCUGCUCCACAGGAGCAAGUGAAGGAUUAAAUGCAUAUAGGGGUAGGCUGGGCUAACAGUUUAUCACUGACCUCUCUAUAUUAGGGUGGAACUUGUGGCAAAGAAUACAUGGGCGUCAGCUGUUGUAAAGAUGCGUGGCACAGCUUGAAUUAGGCGGCUUGAAGUGCGCCUGGUGCGCCGCCUUGAAACGAAACCCUGGUAGCAAGCUCUGUCUUUUUUGUCGUCAGCAUCGAGGGUUUCAGUGGUGUUUCAGUAAUGUACUUGUCAUUUUAGUAGGAACAUAGAUUCACAGAUCUGAAGAGAAUUUAUCGGAAUCAAACGUAUGUUUCUCAAAUAGUCUUUUGAAUCAUCUCUUUUAGUCCAUAGCUUAGUAUAUAUGAUUUUACGAAAUGCUGCAGUACCAGUGUUACAUAGUCGCUAUGUAAAAACACAAAGGUAUUUUCAUUACUGGGCAUGUUUGCAUCCCUUUCAGGCUCUCCUCAAAGUCUGUGUUGAAAAAUCAUAAAAAAUACAUAUUCGUGUCCGUUUCGUUUUGAAGAACGCGUACCACUGCCGAAUCAUCAUAGGAAAAGGACCUUACAGGGCAUCCGGAUAUGCAGACUAUUUAACUGAUAAAAAUGCAGCAAUUUUUGAGAAAAUUAGAUGAGGUUUGGAAUGCUGACCAUCUCGUUCAGCCGUGUGAAAGCUUUAGAGUCAGCGACAUGCUCCCACAAUUAGGAUCUUCGAGGUAUAUCUAUUUAUAGAUGCCGAAUAGAGUUAGCAUCCAUAAGCAUUAGUUGGCCCAAAGUAUGCUUACAAAUUGGAUAUUCGUAAGCGGACUUUAAGGAAAAUAACUGACAUGGCAGACACCUUGUAAAUUUCCUUACGGCAUUAGUGUUUACGGUAAUAAAGUCUUUCGUCAUUGUUAGUAAAGGUUUAGGAAACAUACCUCUCAUGAUUAUAAUUUUGUGCCUAUGGGUUGAAGUACACAAAGUCAAGAAUUAUAUUGGAUUAUUUUUCUGUACUAGUUGCAUGUGGCGGCAAACUGAAUGAAAGCGACGGCUACAUUUACAGCCCAGGUUACCCUGCCAACUACCUGCCAAACAAGGAGUGUGUUUGGAAGAUCAAAGCUCCCGAAGGAUUCUUCGUUAACCUUAUUUUCCUGAGUUUUAACGUAAGUACCAAUGUGAUUGCUGCAGUUGUUUCCAUUGGAGUUGAUUAUUAUGCACCUUAUUGGACAAACAUAACCAAAGAUAACUGUCAAACGUUAUAUAAGCUAAACCGAAUGGAUCUCGAGCAACUGGCGUCUUUUUAAAUCAUAAAGAACUUUGUUCUUGUUUUUCAUCAUCUAGCAGUUGUGUUGCUUGUUAAUGUGAGGAGUUCAUUUUUGAAAUUAACUGCGGACCCUUGAAUGUUAUCGCUGCAGAUCAGAAUACAGUCCGGACACAUAUUUCCAUUAAAAGUCACCUAGAGAAUUUAACAUUAAGUCUAAAUGCCUUUGGUUAUCAUUGUCUGAUAUAUUUAUAAAAGCAACAGGGGAGGACUAUGUCUGUAAAAGUAACGGUAUUUGGUGAGCGGCAUGUCCCCUACGGGGACCGGCGUUGAGGCGGUACAGUAGCCUCAGAUUCGUCCAUGUUGAGCAAUUUCGCAGGGACUUCAAUUGGCCUCCGCAAAUUUACUGCCAAUAAUUUUUAUACGAAGACUUCACAUAGUUGACAUCAGCUGAAACUGUCAGCGCAAACACUGCCGGGCUAAAAGAAUGGUUUUGUAAAUAAUACGCUGAUCACCGCCAGCGUAUACAUCCAAAAGGCUGGCACUUCACUCUCCGUCCUAUGAGGGGGCUAGGGACCUGAGAAAUGUUUAUGGUUCACCAGAUCAGAGGAAUUUCAUGACUGACGUUUAGGAUGGCUUGGCUAGUUCCCGCGGAUCUCUUGCGUUUACUAACCUGACGAGCUGGGACUUGAGAGCAGUUAUGAGGGCACUGAAACCUUUCAUUAUCCCCUGAGAAAAACGCCCAAACGCAGCCGGCAACCUACCUCAUAAAUAUUAACCCACUUUCUGCAAUGAGCUUUUGAUCGGAAAGUAUGGGUUGAGUAUGGUUGUGACAUUUUGAUUCUUUCCAAUUCAUGGAUAAUUGUGGGCGCCGGCUCUCGUAGCAUUUGAGUUCAGAGCUUACAAAAUGUAGAUUUUUCGUCCUUCAACUAGGGAAAUAUCGUAAAUUCCUCUAGAAUAUUAAAUAUAUCAUAAAAAACUCAAACACACUUAUCUAAAUGCGUGGAUUGUCUUGCAUACUUCAUGGGGAUGGUUUACAAUGAGACGGAGAAGACGAUAUUUGAAUGGACUCCUCGGAGUCUUCAAAAACAUGUAAUUAGUAAGUUUUCAGACCGAGAGAUACCCGUUUAUAAAAUACACAUUUCGAAGCAAAAUUAGCCUACUAACAGUGCAAGGAAAGAUACUUUUGGAUAUAUAUUCCAUAAUGGUAGGGAGCGCUAACCAAUCCUUCUUACGGAAUUCACUCGUUCCGUGCCCUUGUUUUUGUCGGUAAUGCCAUUCUGCCUGUACAUUCCAUAGCAUAUAUCUCGGUUUACAAUUACAGCGAAAGUCAGUGGCACAAGCGCAUAAUAUUCAAGUAGCCAGUUUUGUAGAUUUUGUCUUUUAUGCGGCCUGAGAGCUGGUACCUUGGCAUAAAUAAAGUAUCCCGGCAUUAUGCCAUAUGCCAAGCAUGACCGCGCUAGACUCAAAAUCCAUUGCCCAGUUUAACUAGGUGUGAUGUUAAGUAUUUAACAGUGUUUUAAUUAUGCCUUUGGUCGUAGACGGAAGCCUUUGUGCUAAAACACACAGUCUCACAAGGCGCAAAGUACACAUUACCACUUACAAUGGGACUAGUCUAUCUGAUCAAGGCGAUUGAACGAAACGAGGGGAAGCUGCGACUGGGGACAGGAUAUAUACUCAUCAUCAGGAAUGACAUUGCCAGAAGACCACCCUUCCUCCAAGCGUAAUAUUCAUUAGGCAAACAACGAUCGUAUGCAUUCCUUCCAUGCAUAUACUUGCCCUUAAAAACAACAUGCAAGCCUUGAUGAGGACACCACAAAUUCACUUCGACGGUUUUCCGAUGCAUAUUAUUUACGCAAGGUCUAAUCACAUCCACAACUAAGAUAGCUUUAUUUAAUUGCGAACGCAAACUGCAACAGAGGCUUAGGUAUGUGCUUAACAAUUUUCUGUCUUGAAGAACAGCGAGGGAUUGACGAUACGCGAAAAAUAACGAUGCGGAGGCUCCCUUAAUGUCAUCUAUCAUUCCAUGAAUUUCGGCCCUUUGCUACGGCGUCGACGUCUGGCGUGAAUAAGUGCAUCCUGUUGUCAGCCACAUAAAGGCUUAAAGGUGCAGUUUGGGCAGCUGCGCAAAAAUAACAGUUACCAUAACGUCUUCAACAAAAAUCAAUGCCGACAUAAACUUUCACUGACUGUGCAGGAGACCUCCACACAUUUUACAAAUAUUGUCUUGCAUAGGCAGAUCGGAAUUUACUGAUCUACAAUAAUCAGUGUGGUUUCCCGUCUUAGUGUUGCCGUCGAAAUUAACGUUGUCUCCGUGUAAAUGGAAGGGUUUACUGCUCUGAGAUACGUGAUUCCGGUCUUGAAAACCUCAUUGGAGGACAACAGAAUAUUUGCGGCUCGCUAAACGCAUAUAACGUGCCAAUGCCGAUUGGAUGCGCUUAAAAUUACCAAAUUGACGGUGUUAGUUAUGGACGCAGCUCUGUUUUAAAACCACAGAUGGAUUGAUAUCAUUAUGGAUGAUAUACACACGGUGUGUUACGUCCAUGCAUACACCGGUUGUAAACGUUACUCGCGUGCCCUUUGGCUACGUGGGCUAAGACACCGUCUGUGUCCUCUAGUAGACUAUGGCGCUGCGAUGGUCCUCCAAACUUUGGAUCAUUCGCAAGCUCGUUGGCGAAAAGUGAAAUCUACGUGGCGAAUAAAGAAUUAUCGCUGGCGUGAACGUAUUGUACAUACUACGGUGUUUACUAAAACAGUUUCAGUUCCGCACAAAAAGAUUAUUAAAUUUAUGUGGUUCCCGCUGUUUUCAUCAUUUUCUCCCAAAGCGGAAUCCGUUGUGUAAUUUCAGUUAGGUUUUUAAAACAUUUAUGCCAUUAAAUAUUACACUGUCCAACGGUCCAUCAUCGUAUAUGUUAUUUAUAAAACACACAAGGCAGCUUAACACUAAGUUUUCCAGAUGAACUGAAACUUAAAAACUGCGGUUCACCUAAACUAUUUGUUGACGGUUUUCAUUUACAGCGACGUUUCUAAUUUCUUAGGUCGCGGAAAGUGAGAACUGUCAAUACGACUACUUAGAAAUAUAUGAUGGCCCCUCGCAAAAUUCAGCUCUGCUACACAAGCUGUGUGGGUCUAAUAUACCAUUGUCUGUUCGGUCGAGGAAAAGCACAAUGACUUUGCGCUUCGUCACUGACAAUACGGCUGAAAACAGGGAUUUGCAAUCAAGUAUCACAUAGGUAAAUAUUUGUUACAGGUAUGAGUGGAUAAUUAAAAAUGCAUGUGCCUUUUAGUCCGCAAACCAAAACGUAUAUACGACUAACAAUCUUCCUCUGUUGCACAUUAUAUUUACCGAGCAGCCCUGAAAAGCCACAGAUCUACCGCCAUUGUCACCAGACAGUUAUAUUACACCGUCGAAAUCAGCGGUCGAAAUGUUAUAUUAGAAACCCGUUUUUGAUAUUGGCUGCGUAAUUACACGGACUGAAGCUUCAAAACAAAACGGGACAUUCAACUGUCAAAAAACACACACAGAAUUUGAAGUUUUUCUAGAUUGAAUCUAGCCAUUGAUAUUCUUGGCGUGUAAAGCAAAUAAAUCUUAAUAAGAAAAUUCUCUAAAACUGCAUUUAUCGCGUAGGGAUUACAUUUUCUGAGUGGUAGAUUCUAGUGUGGAAUAAAAAACAUAUUGGCGCAGUUUCCAUUUAUAAACUGCACGCCAAAUAAUUAUUAUUUGAUGUCGUCUCUUUGACCACGUAAGUAUAACAAAGAAAACAAUACAAGGACACACGCCUAUAAAUAGUAUGUUUAUAGACACUUGUCAAGAUCCUACAGCCUUCUGAAAAGAAAUACCUACGUGAUUCUGCCACGCUACAUGCAUGUGUUUUAACAAUUGUAGCUAACUGUGGUGGAGUUUUAAACGGUCAAAAUGGAGAAUUGCUCACGCCAAAAUAUCCCGAGGUCUACCCACCAAGUCAGCACUGCGCUUGGUAUAUUGCUGUCCCGUCUGACCGAUUCGUCCUCCUUAGAUUCACCAACUUUAGUCUGCAGGACGGUGAUGGUGUGAGUUUCUGUGACGCUGUCUAUAAAAACUAACCAUUUUAUGGUUUAUUUGAUUUCGCAAGCUAGGCAUGCUUAAGUCGUUCGCUGUAGUCUGCGGUCAGUUUGAAGUGCACUAUUGUUUAUGCAGUCUAAAUAAAUCCAUGUAGAGAUCAGCUGACUGAAGGGCAACUAAGCAACAACAGAUUAUCAGACCUUACGUGAUGAAGUGUUGAGUGAACCCGAGGCCGCACAAUCACCAAACUGAACCAUGUGAGACAGGAGAAAGCAGAAAACCCUAGAUUACAGGGUGUCGGUGGACAGAAAUUUGAUUUACUACCUGGGACAAAGGUGACUGCCGCUGAGGUAAGUGCGUGUGCUGACUGCGUUAAAGUAUGCCUGAUUGUCACUGAGAAUAGGGAUGCAAAUGCUUUAUAGGUCUGGAGGCAGUAAAAUCAAGUGUCAGGUGUCCCAGUGCUAUGGGCCCUAUUACGCGAACAGGGACACGUCCAGUGACCGGCGUUGAACUGGCCAAUAAAUGGGCUGUUUUGCGAAUUUGUUAAAGCAAACCGCGCUUAAACUAUCUUGCGACAUGUGCAUGUCAGGUAGCGCACUGUUUGCGCGAGCCAUAAACUACUGCUGUGCGUAGGUCAGGUAUGACCGCAAGCCUAAACGUAGGUAAUCACACCACAUCCACACUACGACUAAUUCAUCGGCAGUUGCUUGAUGCGAUUCGGCAGUCCACUGACUGUCCACAAAAGUUAAUAUACAUGCCCCUGGAAGCGACUGAGGAGGCGUAGACGCGAAAGCCGGAAGUAAGUCUUUUACUGUUCCGAUUUUUUAAAUUCGUGUUCUAGCACCGCCGCGCUACGCGAUAAGCAGAAUCAGAUGCGUGCAAUUCAUGCCCAUCGGGUUAUCGUCUUCAUAUUGGUUUGGUCAAUUUGCUACAGCACACUUAACAAUAUGAGUGACUCCCUCUACAUUAAACGCGGUUUUCUUAAGUUUGAGAAUGGUCUGACUGCCGGCACUCGAUUUGUUACUCAUUUCAACUGCAUCAUCCUUGUUGGGUUUUGGCGAGAAAAUUACUCGGUGAUUCGGCUCACUGAUACUGGCACUGGAGACAGUGUUCGCCACCACACUCCCCGUGUGAAUAAAAACUCUGUCUACAUCACGUCUUGACGCUCAGUAUAGACUGUGGCUUCGUCGAGAAUUAUUCAUCGUCGAACUUGUAGGUGUGACCGGGGCACAUUGAAUGACCUGUGACUUGGAAGCUGACGUUAUUUCGCCUACCUUCUGUUUCACGCCUGUCCGACCGUGUCCAGAUCAGUUCUUCGACAUACUUUCUUUGCAUCCAGUUACAUCAGAUCCGAAAAUGACUUUAGAAUAUACUUGUUACGAGAGCUUGUGGGGGAAUUAUGACAAUUUCAGAGUCGAAUGCCGAUCACUGGGUAUUUGUAACGUCAAGGGCAAGCACCUUCAAUGAAGGGCCGUAAGGAUAGUGCCUUCAUCCUCUAAAUAUUACUAUCCACUGCGCAUGAAUAACCCAUAUCUGAUACUGCCUCUACGAAUUCGAACGCAAAUCUAAAACGUCAAAUGAAUAACUCUAUUUUUUCAACGAUUUAAUCUUAUUCACAACUCCCGUAGAUUUGAGAUCUGGGGCACAAACAGGGGAAUUUAAUGACACUGAGGCAGUAGGGUGGUGCGGAUAAACGCCGAAAAUCGCAGUAUUGGCUGUCGGGUACAGUAAUCACAUAAUUACGCGGGUAGGAAUAGCAGUCUUACAGUAUUUCUUUUGGUCGACUACAUGCGAUAAAUAUUAUCUUGUUCUGAAAUAUGGUCAAAACCGCUUAUUUGGCAAGCGCUAUUUAGACUGAAAUUUAUUGUCUUCAAAAAGCGUUUUGCAGCAACAUACUUCCCUGCUUCUCAUAAUACGGCAUGUCUUCAUUGUGGCAGGGCGAAAAGUAGUCGGAAAACGCCAGAAGAGCGUCACCAUCCUACAAGUAUUAUUUGGACAUUUACAUUCACCGAAUUCCAGCAAAGGCCAUAUCGAUUAUUAAAGCCCGGUCAAUACAUUCCCGAUACAAAUUAACAUUUAUUUUCGGUCACAUCUAAGCAACUGCUGUACCUCUAUACUCACUGCCUGCUUAUUACACUAUCUGAGUUAGGAUAUGCCUUGCAUUUUCGGUACUAAUUGAGUUUAAGUUGAAAACUAUUAUGUCGGACGUAUGCAGGAUGCUGCGCUAUGCUCUGCUGAAAUGCACACAUAAGCCCACAAGUAAGGAGUACUUGUUGAGCGAAGCCAUAAAUAACUCCUCAUGUUCUUUAUUUCUUUCUGGUCUCCGUCGAACGGAAUUAAAGGAGAGAACACAUAAAUAUACAGCCACAAUUUACGUCUGCAAUGAGCAUUUGGUUGACAAACGCUUAAAGACUCAAUUUGGCUUCUGGCAGAUGCCUCCUAAAUGCCAGCAAGGAUUCCCUAACAGUAAUUUUACUUCUUCCUUAAUUUGUAAGAAAACGUGCACCUCCGACUUUGUCAGGAUCUAUUGGACGGCACUACAAAAUAAACGAAAAGUCGACACGUUUUGUGGCCCGAAACAACCUCCCCACAUUACAUCGAUCACCAACGAGCUAAGCAUUGAAUUUCACUCCAAUGAGCUCGAAGAGAAGCGAGGAUUCCGUGCAAUAUUCUACACAUUAAUAAACCCGUGUGCUAAAGACAAUGGUGGCUGCGAACAAAUAUGUGAGAACCGGAUUUCUCUGGGCAGAUGUCAGUGUAGAUAUGGCUACAAGCUGCAAGGCCUGUUCAAAUGCAUCAAGGUGAGUGUCUAUGCGGGCCUUCUUAAUCAACCAACGUCCCUUCCCGUCUACGCUCCAGUGUCCUUGUGUGAAGGCCGCUCCACGCUUAUUCGUAAAUAUCUGCAAUGA